CUAUAAGUACCGAGUCGCUUCCGGUAGUCUCUGUGCCACUGCUGUGUUUGCGUUCGUGGUGGUUUCUGCAGUUCGUGCUUGCCGUUAUGCCUGAGCCGGCAAAAUCCGCCCCGGCGUCCAAGAAGGGCUCGAAGAAAGCUGUCACCAAAGCCCAGAAGAAGGACGGCAGGAAGCGCAAGCGCAGCCGCAAGGAGAGCUAUUCCAUCUACGUGUACAAGGUACUGAAGCAAGUGCACCCGGACACCGGCAUCUCGUCCAAGGCUAUGGGCAUCAUGAACUCGUUCGUCAACGACAUCUUCGAGCGCAUCGCGGGCGAAGCGUCGCGUCUGGCGCAUUACAACAAGCGCUCGACCAUCACGUCCCGGGAGAUCCAGACGGCCGUGCGCCUGCUGCUGCCCGGCGAGCUGGCCAAGCACGCCGUGUCCGAGGGCACCAAGGCGGUCACCAAGUACACCAGCUCCAAGUGAGCCCCUGCCGGGACGCGGCGCUCGCACGAGUCGCCGGGCCGCUUGACUUUCCAAAGGCUCUUUUCAGAGCCACCCACCUGCUCAGUGGAAGAAGCUGUUAUCCAGUUUAUUUUCAUUUUCUAUAAUGGUUCUUUUCCGUACCACUUACUCCUUUCGUGGUGUAAAUUUGCCAUUUUCCUUAGGAUGAAGAGAAAACUCGAAGGUAGGACCAGAUUUUGUCGAUCGGUCAAGAACUAGUUAGAGUAAUUGUUCAUUCUCAUGAAAGUAAUUUGCCUUUUCCAGUGAAACGGUUAGCGAUGGGUGAUGAUCAGUGUAAAUCUACUCAGGAGGAUGGGGUAAAAAGUUAACCAGUGGUUGCUCUGCAGCAAGUAGAUUGGGUCAAUACUUUGCAAAUGCAUUUU